GAGGCACAGCAAUAAAAACGCUGGGAGUUAGGAGAAGGAAUAGUUUGUUUGGUUUGUGUCUCUAGGGUUUGCACACUUGUGUGCAUCAGUCAGAGAGCAGGCGCUGGAUAGAACAGGAUGCUGCAUGUCAUAUGAUUACUGAUCCAUAGACAGCAACUAUACAACUGGCCAUUCAAGCACAGGCAGCCCCACUCUCCUGCCACUGUGGAAUCUUCAGCUGCUCCCUCCACAACAGAUUCCUAAUUCAUCCUUCUCUUUCAGACAAGAAUACCACAGAUUGGGUAACUGCUACAUAGUACCACGUGAUUAACAUACUAAUCUGCCUGCAGAAAAGAAUGACUGCCUUAUGUCUAGCUUCCCUUGAUCACCUAUGAAUGGACCAGUUCAUCUGCUGCAGCUCAACACAUUGGAGAGGGGAUGGUAACAGAAAGCAAUGAACACAAUCCCUGUAAUAUAAUCACCUAGUCCUGAGUGUGGGCAGAAGAUGCAUGCUGUUCUCUCACUGUUUGCCACAAUCAUGAUCGCUACAAGCAUUGGCACAGUAGGAGCCAAUGCCCUGCUCUUGGUAUUAUUUGCGUCUCACCUGAAGCUACGAACGGACACGUGGGCUCUCACACUAAACCUCAGCAUCUGUGACUUGAUUUUCGGAAUGUGUGUUGUUCCGAUUGCAAUCUACAACAGCCUGUUCCAAGGAGGGAUUUUCGCUGAAGGAGGCAUUGCAUGUCAGCUGCUAGGAUUCCUGUUUGUCUUACUCCAGUUGGCUUCCUUGAACUCUCUGGUGUGGGCUACCAUUGACAAGUUCGCAGAAAUUGGCUUUCCGCUGCGAUAUGCCCAGCUUAUUACUAAAAAGCGGAUCAUGUUUAUCCUGGCAAUCUUGUGGAUUUAUGCCAUUGUUGUGGCUGCCCUCCCAUUCAUGGGUUUUGGAGUGUAUAGCUUCAACAAAGAUGUCUAUAUGUGCUUGCCAGCAUUCGGGCCUUCAACCACAGCAUACAGUGUAUUGUUCCUGACUGUGGGAGUUCUUGUCCCAAUAACAGGGAUAAGCAUUCUCUAUCUCUCUAUUAUUCACAUCGCCAGGUAUCAAGCAAAAAGGGGGACCUUCGUAUGUAACGAUCAGCACUGCUAUUAUGUACCCAUUCGCUCUUACUUCAGGAAUACGCUUGUCCUCAUUGUAUCCGCAUUUUAUUUGCUGGUGUGUUGGUUACCAUCAGUCAUAAUUAGCUUCUAUGAAACAUUUUACACUUCAAAUGUUCCAGUGAUUGCAAAAAUGGUUUCCAUUUGGCUUGUGGUGCUGACAUCAACAUUAAAUCCCUGGAUCAAUUCACUGGCUCAAAGGAACUACAGGAGAGCUCUACGGGAAGGCUGGAGGAAGCUAAAAAGAAUAUUCGAAAGCCUCGGCUCCAGCUCUGAGCGACAGAAUGACAAUAAUGAGAGGCAUUUAAAUACCCAGUCACAGCAGUGUCUGCCCGGGCAUAACACACAGACACUGACACAAACAUGACUGCAGAAGGCAAUGACUCAGGACAAGUAGAAUACUAAAUCUGGAGGUCAGAGAAAUGAAAAAGCAUAUUGACCCAACGCCAGUAAUACGAGAACAGUUCUAAACUGCUCAAAAACGUUUCGGAUAAAGCCAACUGUUGGUCAUUGCAGACCAUGGAAAACAUUCCAGAAGAGACAGAAGUCGUGGGAAAAACAUGGCUUCCAAUAGUUAGACAUAUGCAGGGCAGAAUGAAAUGCAGGAAAUGAUGUUUAGCUACAAACGAACCUUACGGCAAAUCUCACUUGUGCAGUUCUUUAAACUGUUGUAUACAAUUGUAUGUUUCAUUGUUUAGAUGUUUUUCUCUUGGGCUAAAAAAAAAGGUCUGAAUUUUUUUUUACUUGCAUAUACUAUGUAUAUUAAUAUUUAUUGAGUGCCUCAGAGGGCAGCUAGCCCCAUUUGUGUUCAAUAAGCUGUAUCAUAAUGUGGCAAUGGGCAUACAAGUGCAAAGCAUUAAUAAAGAAAAUGAUGAUAAACUGUGAAACUUA